ACCUUAGCAAAUUCCCUACUCUCUCUCUCUCUUUGUAUCCUUGUUUCCUUUCAUUGAAUGAAUUUGUCUCUCCAUAUCUGCCUCAGUUGCUCCGUAUGCGUUUGCCUCCAAUUGUAGUUUAUAGGCCACCUGCCUCUUUAUUUCCUAACAAUGAUUCCUUCGUUAAUUCCAAAGCGCCUCAUUUCCUCCAUAAAUCCAUCACCACCUCGUCUCUCUUUCCUUUCAUAACAUAAAUCAAACCAAGCCAAACACACCACAAUCACGCUUUCUCGCUUCUCACUUCUCGCUACUCACUUUUCUCUCUGCUUCCAUUUUCCAUAACCAUGGCUCCGAUCAAAAUCAAGCAAUCGCCUAAUCCCACGGCUCAGACUCUAACCUCUACGGCGUCGUCACAGGAGGCGCGUCUCCUCGUCCGUGAAACGCUGCGUAUUAGCGCUAACUUAGCUUCGGCUUCUUCUCCUGCAAUGUCUCAGCCUCCUUCUACUUCUCCUUCUUAUUCAAUUGUUUCUCCGGAGCAGUCUGUUUCUUUGAUUGAUAAUAGUCGGAGAUUAGGGCUUGUGGAAGAGGAGUUUAUUGAUUCGAGCUUGAGAUUGAUCUGUUGCGAGGAAAUCGAUGGUCGGAAAUGGAAGUACGUGGCCGAAAACGACGGUUUUGGACGUUAUAAGAAGAAUUCGAUUCGUGCUGUCAGCUUGCAGACACCUCAAGCUCCUGUUGAGGAAAUAAUGUCAUUCAUAAGAACCUAUGUAGUGCCAGAAGGUUUUCCUGACAGUGUUACUCCAUCAUAUGUGCCAUACAUGACUUGGAGAGCUUUGAAGCACUUCUUUGGUGGAGCAAUGGGUGUUUUCACAACAAAAACCCUUUUGAGUUCAGUUGGAGUCUCUAAAAGCAAAGCUAUUCCUGGUGCCGUUGCUAUCAAUUGGAUUCUCAAGGAUGGUGCUGGUCGUGUUGGGAAAAUGCUUUUUGCCCGUCAAGGAAAGAAAUUUGAUUGUGAUCUAAAGCAGCUGCGGUUUGCAGGUGACCUUCUUAUGGAAUUGGGUGCUGGUGUGGAGCUAGCAACUGCAGCUGUUCCUCACCUUUUCCUUCCUUUGGCUUGUGCUGCUAAUGUGGCUAAGAAUGUUGCUGCUGUAACAUCAACUUCAACUCGGACGCCAAUUUACAAAGCCUUUGCUAAAGGAGAAAACAUUGGGGACGUCACUGCUAAGGGAGAAUGCGUUAGCAAUCUUGCAGAUUUGCUGGGAACUGGUCUUAGCAUAAUGAUUGCAAAAAGAAAUCCUAGCUUGGUUACUACAUUUGCCCUCCUUUCAUGUGGCUAUGUCUUCAGCUCUUACCAAGAGGUUAAAUCUGUAGUGUUGCACACCUUGAACCGGGCCAGAUUCAGUGUGGCAGUGGAUUCUUUUCUUAAGACAGGGAAAGUGCCCUCAUUGCAAGAGGGAAAUAUGAAAGAAAAUAUAUUCAGCUUUCCAUGGUUGAAGGAGAGGCCUAUUGUUCUAGGACCAAGAUUUAAAGAUGCCUUUCAAGACCCUAGUGCAUAUCUUGCAAUAAAGCCUCUUUUUGAGCAAGAAAGAUAUAUAGUGACGUACAAUCCAUUAAAGGAUAAGGUCUAUGCAUUGCUUAAGGAUCAGGCAAAGUCAGAUGACAUUCUAAAAGCUGCAUUCCAUGCUCGCGUGCUUUUGCAUUUCAUAAAUUCAUCAAAUAAUAUUCACUCUUCAUCGUGGAAGCAGCAAGCAUACCGUUCAAACUAUAUUCCCUCAGCUAAUGAUAUUGAGGCUCAUAUUACUGACUCAUGCAAAAUGGUCUCAACUUUAUAUGGUCCUUUUAAAAGUAAAGCUGCAGAACAGGGUUGGAGAAUGUCAGACUCACUUCUUAAUCCUGGUCGAGCCAGGAUUGUAGUAGCUUGUUAAAGUAAAAAUAUACGAUUGAAACUUCUCUUUGCUUGCUAUUGUGUCUAGUGCUCAAAUGGCAUUCAAUAUUGUGGGCAAGCCAGCCAUUAAUCCUCAAAAACAUAUAUACGUAACAAAGAGGCUAACAAUACACCAAUACCACCAUGGGAACCAGGGGCUCAUUGAUGGUCAGUUCUCUCUGUUACGCGCCAAAACAUAUUUUUCUGUUCACAAUCUCUGCUCUUUCACAUUCUUCUGAAGGUGGCGAGACUCAAUUUUGAGUUGUAGGAUGGAGCUGUUAGUGUGGUAUAGACUGAAGUUGAUUAUUGUAAUGGUGCAUAUACACAAACUUUUUUUUCCUUGGUUGUUAUCUUCUUUUUUUUUUUUUAAAUGAUAUCCCUUAAUUUUAUUUGUUUUUCCUUACCCAUCCAACUUCUUGCAAUGUUCUUUUUGUGUAGAAUACAUCGAAAAUUCCUUUCAACAUUAGUGUUCUUCUAAAAAGAAAGUUGAAGUCGCAAUUCCAAACAGACUCUUAAUUCCACUUCAAUCGCUUCUAAUUCUUCCGCAGCUUACUCUGACUUCCUGUGCAUUUUGUGCUAUCUGAUCUGCCAUAACAACAUACUGGUGUUUUUAUUUUCAAAAGGGGACUUGAUUAUAAUGGUAGACUGUAAUGAAGCACAAUGGAAUAAAUUUCUCAUUCAUUA